AUGGUCGACUCGGACCACACAACUUACUACACAAAUCGCUGUCUCCGAAGACUGGCCCUCCUCGACUCUGAAGAAGCCCACCUCCUCCUCAACCUCAAGACUCCGCACAUCUCCUCGACCAUCAACCACCAACGCGACACCGAGUGUCUCUACAAAGUCCGCCACACCAUCCUCGAUUACGAGUUAUCUCUCCAGUCCUUGUACCCCUUGGUCCCCAACAAGCAGAUCCUUCUCGAUCUCCUCCACCACGACCCACAUGCACCUAAUAGUGCCAACAUUAUCAACAGCAGUAGUAAUAGUGAUAGUAUAUCUAAGGACAACGCUAUACCCAAGAAGCGACGUGUUGGUUUUACAAAAGUAGCAACAACAGCACCAUCAACACCAACAACACCAGCACCAACAUCGGUACCAACAGCAGCAGUAAAAGCAACAGCGGCACCAGCAGGGACAAGGACUAGCCAAGCCGGUAAUCGAGUCAUGAUUUCGCCCUGCGAUAUGUCACAACGAUACAAACGUAAGCUCAACAUCUUGGACGAAGAGGAGCAAGAGUUUCUGGGGUGGGGCCACAAACAGGACUCGCCUGGUCUGAUGGCCUGCCGUCAGCUUAUGCGCAAGUACGAGGCCGCUCUGUUGGACUUUAUCCAGAUGCAGGCCGAGGUUGGACCUGCCCCGAAUCAACAAUAG